UGCUUAUACACAUUGUGGGGAUAAAAUUUGAUUUCCCUCCCAUUACCACUGUCUUUACUUCCUUAGCCGCAUCUCACUCUCUCGAAACUACACAACUUACAGAACCACCUUCUUCCUCUUCUUCUUCUUCUUCUAUCUCUUCAGUUGAGAUUCCCGAAAACUAAAACUCCACUGAAUGAAAACGCAAACGAACUAACUAACUAACCAACUAUGUCUACAACGAUACUCUCUCUUUCUUCUCCUCUAUCCGUCUGUAACAAACUCAAUCCUCUCCUCUUCUACACGCGCCGUCGCACCACCGUUUCUCUAUCCUCUCGUUAUCCCCGUUCUCGCUUCAACCGCUUCGCAACUUCAAUUCGUCUUCUCACAGUUGCUGCUGCAUCAGAGAAUAAUGGUGUCUUCACUUCUCCUGAGAUAGCAAAAACUUUUGACUUUGCUGCAGAAGAACGCAUAUAUAAUUGGUGGGAGUCUCAAGGGUAUUUUAAACCGAACUUUGACCGGGGAAGUGAUCCUUUUGUGAUAUCAAUGCCACCUCCUAAUGUUACCGGUUCUCUGCAUAUGGGGCAUGCAAUGUUUGUGACCCUUGAGGAUAUUAUGGUUAGGUACAACCGCAUGAAGGGAAGACCAACACUUUGGCUUCCUGGGACUGAUCAUGCUGGUAUUGCAACUCAGUUGGUUGUUGAAAGAAUGCUAGCUUCUGAAGGAAUCAAAAGGGUUGAAAUGGGUAGAGAUGAAUUCACAAAAAAAGUGUGGCAGUGGAAAGAGAAGUAUGGUGGAACUAUCACAAAUCAGAUCAAGAGACUUGGUGCUUCGUGUGAUUGGUCUAGAGAGCACUUCACCCUUGAUGAACAGCUAAGUCAAGCUGUAGUUGAGGCAUUUGUUAGGCUUCAUGAGAAAGGCUUGAUUUAUCAAGGUUCUUAUAUGGUAAACUGGUCACCAACUCUACAGACUGCUGUUUCUGACUUGGAAGUCGAGUAUUCAGAAGAAUCUGGAUAUCUGUAUCAUAUUAGAUAUCGCGUUGCUGGAGGUUCAAGGAAUGACUGGCUGACCGUAGCUACGACACGUCCAGAGACUCUAUUUGGUGAUGUGGCACUGGCAGUUAAUCCAGAGGAUGAUCGUUAUUCCAAGUAUAUUGGUCAGAUGGCAAUUGUGCCUCAGACAUUUGGCCGUCAUGUUCCUAUAAUUUCUGACAAGCAUGUUGAUAAAGAGUUUGGAACUGGAGUUUUAAAAAUUAGUCCAGGACACGAUCAUAAUGACUAUCUACUUGCUCGAAAGCUAGGUCUUCCAAUACUCAAUGUGAUGAAUAAGGAUGGCACACUAAAUGAAGUUGCUGGCUUGUACAGUGGCCUUGAUCGAUUUGAAGCCAGAAAGAAACUGUGGGCAGAACUUGAGGAGACAGGGUUAGCUGUGAAAAAGGAACCACACACUUUACGAGUUCCCAGAUCUCAGCGUGGUGGAGAAAUAAUAGAGCCACUUGUUAGUAAACAGUGGUUUGUAAGUAUGGAGCCUCUUGCUGAGAAAGCCCUUCAAGCAGUUGAAAAAGGAGAGUUGAAAAUAAUUCCGGAAAGGUUUGAGAAGAUUUACAACCAUUGGCUAUCAAACAUUAAGGAUUGGUGUAUUAGCAGACAACUAUGGUGGGGACACCGGAUACCUGUUUGGUACAUUGUUGGAAAAGACAAAGAAGAGGACUAUAUAGUUGCUAGGAAUGCUGAUGAAGCACUUGGAAAAGCCCACAAAAAAUAUGGAAAGGAUGUAGAAAUAUAUCAGGAUCCGGAUGUUCUUGACACUUGGUUUUCAAGUGCACUUUGGCCUUUUAGUACGCUUGGAUGGCCAGAUUUGUCUGCUGAGGAUUUUAAGAGGUUCUAUCCAACUACAAUGCUUGAAACUGGGCAUGACAUAUUGUUCUUUUGGGUGGCAAGAAUGGUGAUGAUGGGGAUUGAAUUCACAGGGAAAGCUCCAUUUUCUUAUAUUUAUUUGCAUGGACUCAUCAGGGAUUCACAGGGGAGAAAAAUGUCCAAAACAUUAGGAAAUGUAAUCGAUCCCCUUGAUACUAUCAAAGAAUUUGGGACAGAUGCUUUACGGUUCACAGUAGCUUUAGGAACAGCUGGCCAGGACCUUAAUUUGUCCACUGAGCGGUUGACCUCCAACAAGGCCUUCACAAACAAAUUGUGGAAUGCUGGCAAAUUUGUAUUGCAGAACUUGCCUAAGGAGGGUGAUAUAUUGGCUUGGGAGAAUAUACUCUCUUAUAAGUUUGACACUGGAGACUCUGUACUUAAUCUUCCUUUACCAGAGCGUUGGGUGAUUUCAAAACUUCACUUGCUUAUUGAAUCUGUCAGUGCAAGCUAUGAUAAAUUUUUCUUUGGAGAAGUGGGAAGAGAAACAUAUGAUUUCUUUUGGGCUGAUUUUGCUGAUUGGUACAUUGAGGCUAGUAAAGGGCGGCUUUACAACUCUGGAAAUGAUGGAAACUCCGUUACUUUUAUGGCACAAGCUGUUUUAUUGUAUACUUUUGAGAACAUACUCAAAGUGCUGCAUCCUUUCAUGCCAUUUGUAACAGAGGAGCUAUGGCAGGCACUCCCUAACCGGAAGCAUGCCCUUAUUGUAACACCUUGGCCAGAAACCCAACUUCCAAGAUGUACCAGCUCUAUAAAAAAGUUUGAAAAUUUGCAAACUUUGGUUAGAGCUAUCAGAAAUACUCGGGCAGAAUAUUCAGUUGAGCCUGCAAAGCGAAUAUCAGCAUCCGUGGUUGCAAGCAAUGAAGUUAUUGAAUAUAUUGCUGAAGAAAAAGAGGUUUUGGCACUUCUCUCUCGGCUGGAUUUACAAAAUCUGCAUUUCAUGAAUUCUUCCCCAGGAAAUGCUGAUCAAUCAGUUCAUCUUGUGGCUGGUGAAGGACUAGAGGCAUAUCUCCCUUUGGCCGAUAUGGUUGAUAUUUCUGCAGAAGUUCAACGUCUAUCAAAGCGCCUUGUGAAGAUGCAGAAGGAGUAUGAUGGAAUGCUAGCUAAACUCAAUUCUCCAAAAUUUGUAGAAAAAGCCCCAGAAGAGGUGGUCCGUGCAGUGCGAGAAAAAGCAACAGAAGCCGAAGAAAAGAUCACUUUAACCAAAAACCGCCUUGAAUUUCUGAACUCUAAUGUUUUAGUUUCAAAAUAGGUCCAUCCAGAGUUGCUAUUUAACUACCCAUUCCAGCUACAUCAAAUGUUGUGACCGGCUGUGGUUAAUAACAUAAUAGCAUCUGUUGCAGUAAAUGCCCAUUGCGGAUCUGCAAAAUUAAUCGCAACUCUUCUGCUGUGUAUCAUCAUCACAAGAAGAAUACCUACAGAUUUGUCAAAAUGCCGGUUGCUCCAGGCCAUUGUAUCUACCAUACCAUCUUACUUGUGUUACAAAAUAACAAGAGACAUAAUGUUGUUAAGAGGGACAAACGGGAAGUCUUCACAGGGAGCUGUACCUCUCAGAUGGACUGUUUAUCAAUGUGUAUUAGAUUACUUGAGUUAGGUAUUUCUAAUUUUAUUCUGCCGAUUUUUAUGGAUGUAAAGUUGGGUAUUGCUAACUUUAUUCUGCAGAAGUUUUCCCAAUAAUAUCCCCUUUGCCUAAAUUAUUUUUCUUGUGACGAACCGACACUGUAAUGGACCAUAAUAUUUGAUUAAAAUCAGGUGCUCGAAAGCACCAAGGCAAUCACUGAUGACUAUGUAUCUGAAGUGAGCUAUUUUUCCUUCA